AUGCCUACGCCUGGUGCAAACACAAUACCUAGUCCUCCUAGAUUCACCAGGACCAGUGCAGCCAUGUUUGCGCUUGGUGCAAACACAAUACCUAGUCCUCCUAGAUUCACCAGGUCUAGUGUAGCCAUGUCUUCGCCUGGUGCAAACAUUGAGCAUAGUACUCCUAGAGCCACUGCUACCCUAUCUCAGCAACCUACUCCCACAACUAGUGUUAACCAAGCAGUUCCUGCAGACACCUCACCAGGUGGACAGAGCUCUAGGCAAAGCAAUGACAUCAAUGAGUCAGCUAAGCAAUUUGAUGCCGCUAAUUCAGAGGGUCAUACAUAUGAAGGAGAACCAAGCGAUGACUUAGUUCCAGAGAAGAUGCUAAAUAGAGGAAAGAAGCUGGCUAUCCAAGUGGCUGAAGGGAAGAAAAGACCUGAUGUCCCACUUCAGGCAGCGAAGCUAGCAUCAGAAACUGGUGUUGCCCUUAGAGACAACAUGCCCAUCUACACAUCAUGGAAGCUUUAUGACAAUGAUGCGGGAAAGGCAGAAUCAAGGUUGGAUGUGGAUGUUAAGAAUGAGGCACCAAGUAAAGCUGCAUGCACUGAUAUCAUUAAGAGGGGAGUAAGGCAGACGAGGUAUCACCUGAAAAAGAAGUACUUCAACGAGUCACUAACAGAAGAACAGCUGCUGGCCAAGCAACCUCCACCUAAAAUGAAGAAAGAGGAAUGGACAAAGCUGGUAGAGUACUGGUGUGACCCAAAGAAUCAGGAAAAAUGUGCUAAGAAUAAAGUAAAUCGAGCCCAAGUGCAGCUUCAUCAAAGGACUGGAGCUAGGUCCUAUAUUGCCCAUCGAUACAGCCUGAGGACUAAGUACAACAACAUGGAGCCAGAUGCUGUUGAUUUCUUUGGGGAAUGUAUGAGUAGUCCCCAAAAUGGUCGUACUCCUCUUGCAAAUAAAAUAUAUAUUAGCCGUUCAUCCACCUUCCUUCCUAACAUUGGUGUCCCUCGACCAUCGAAGACUGGCCGGUCCACAUCGACAGCCGCACAAGCACGCCUGCAAGCUCAGUUUGAGGAAACACUCCAAGCAGAAAGAGAGGAAGCUGCUAGGAAGCAGGAAGAGUUGCAAGCACAGCUUCAAGCUCAACAGGCCGCACUUGAAGAAAACCAAAGUUUGCUGCGUCAGACCCAAGAGGAAGUGAAGGGGAUGCAUACCAAGUUUGAAGAGACUAACGCACUGCUACGAGUUGUCCUAAAACUUCAGAAAGAUUGA